AUGGAGAAUAUCAUCACUAGAUUCAGUGUCCCUGCAAGGAUCAUCUCUGAUAAUGACAUGGCCUUUAGGUCUAAAGAAUUCAAGACCUUUUGUGAAGAGUAUGGCAUCACAAUAUCUCAUUCAUCUCCUUACCACCCUCAAGAUAGAAUAACAAUAAAAAAAUCUACAAGGAAGUCCCCAUUUGAGUUGGUCUAUGGUAAAAAGGCUAGACUUCCUUUGGAUAAUCUCCUACUUGUGCAUAGAUUCAUGACACAAGAAGAGAUAGAUGUUGAUGAUCCUUUGCAAGAAAGGCUGAUGCAGUUGGUAGAGCUUGAUGAAGUCAGGGUAGAAGCUCAGGAGCAGAACAUCAAAACUCAAAAUCAGCUGAAAAGACUAUAUGACAAAAGAACAACAGAUAGAAAAUUUAAGGUUGGUGAUUGGUUUUUAAUGGGGAAUGCCAGGAUUCAAGACAAAGGCAAGCAUGACAAGUUUGAGGCUUUAUGGCUUGGACCAUAUGUGAUUAUGGAUAAAGCAGGGGAAGAUUCCUAUUUUCUCCAAGGUGCCAUAGGAGAAGUUCAAGAAUUGCUAGUACAUGGAAAAUUCUUGAAAAACUUCUUUUCUUAA